AUGCAGAUGAAGACUAUUCUUACCGCGCUCGCUAUUGCGAGUGUAGCCGCUGCCUCUCCCGUCGAAGACCUUGAAACCAGAGCUCCCACAACAUUCUCCUGCAGUGGAAAGGCUUAUUGCUGUGUCACCUCACUGAAUUUCCCUAUCCUCUUUUGGUCAGGACUUGGUCAGGACUGCAAAGCAGCCAGUAUGAUACCCCGAACAGAGUAA